AUGGAGUCAUGUACUCUGAAGUCAACGCGUUAUGAAAACUGGUCUGGAGCACCUGAUUAAUUUCACAAUCAGUUCGACUUAUGAAAGAAUUGCCGAGUCACACGUUGGCUGCUGUUGUCUUUUAGCGGUAUUGUAAUUGCUUGAGAUAUUGCUGACUAAGUUAACUGGAGAGCAUAAGACCUGCUUUACAGGCCUAGCUAUCUAGAACAUUUGGCUACAUGAUAGGUUACGUACCCGUCCAACUCCCCCCCUUUUUCUAUACGCAACAGCUGAAAGGGAUUUUCUCUAAAACAACAAUAGUAACGUCCAACUGACAUUUAACAAAAAUGUCAGAAGUGAAUAUCGGAAGACGCAAGGAGAAAUGUGAGAAUUGCACUAAACAGUGCAACAAAAAACAAAAUGAUGACAGCAUAAGCGGUCUCUAUGAGAAAGAUGAAGUCAACGGUGAGGUUCCGGGCUCUUCCGUUACUGCCCAGCAGCAGAUAUUGCUGAGUGCCUGUCUGUCCUGUGAUGGCUGCGUGUCUGAGGAGGAGAGCCUAAAAAUCUCCCAGCAGAACCUGGAGGAAGUGGUUCGUGUCCUGGGCCUUAACAAGAAGUGCGAUGUGUCAAAACACAAGGUCGUGGUGGUGUCAGUGUCUCCCCAGUCUCUGCCUUUCUUCGCUGUGAAGUUUGGCCUGGACAUUCCAGAGGCCACACGCAAACUUUGUGGCUUCCUCAAGAGCCUAGGGGUGCAGUAUGUGUUUGAUACUACUCUAGCCGCAGGAUUUAGUAUUCUGGAGAGCCAGAGAGAGUUUGUCCAGAAGUUCCGCAGGAGACACCAUGAUGACCAAGUCCUGCCCAUGUUUACCUCCUCCUGUCCAGGGUGGAUCCGGUAUGCUGAGCGUGUUCUGGGCAGUAUGGUAACUCCUCACAUCUGUACAGCCAGGUCUCCUCAACAGAUCAUGGGCUGUCUGGUGAAAGACUACUUCACUAAACAACAGAAGCUGAGCCCAGACAAGCUGUACCACAUUGUGGUGGCUCCAUGCUUUGAUAAAAAAUUGGAGGCGGUCAGAGACGAGUUCUACAACAGUUUACUGGAGAGCAGAGACAUUGACUGUGUCCUUACAUCAGGUGAGGUGUUCCACAUGAUGGAGCAGACCAAGGUGUCCGUGGCAGACCUGGACUCUGUUCCUCUAGAUCUUGUGCUUGGCGAGGAGGGGGACCCAGCUUUAGCGAGACACCUGGGCAGAGGAUCUGAGGGCUUCCUGGAACAUAUCUUUAAAUACGCUGCUAAUGAGCUGUUUGGUCUGGAUGUAAAGGAGAUCACAUACAAGACUCUUCGGAACCGUGACUUCCUGGAGGUGUGUCUAGAGCGGGAUGGGGAGGUGCUUCUGCAGUUUGCAGCCGUCUACGGCUUCCGGAACAUCCAGACCCUGGUCCACCGCAUGAGGAAUGGACGUGUCCCAUAUCAUCUGGUGGAGGUUCUGUCCUGCCCAGGAGGCUGUGUGAGUGGUCGUGGGCAGGCAGAGGGUGAGACAGGGGGGCGGCUGGACAAAGCCUUAGUUCAGCAGAUGGAGGAGGCCUACAACAGUCUACCAGUCAAGCUGCCUGACACCAACCCUGGCCUGCACAUACUUUACCAGGACUGGCUGGAGGGACAGGACUCAACUCACGCCAACACACUCCUGCACACACAGUACACACAGCAGAGUCCCAGCCAGACCCACACUCACACACAGCCCCCCCACAUACAGUGGUGAGAAAUACACACCUCUUGUACACAUGCGCACCCACACAAUCUCACACACACCCACGAAGUGUUAGACUUCUGGGAAAUCCAGAAGUCUAACACGAGGGGUAACUGGACCUUGAGGCAUUUCUGACCCUCUCUCCUCAAAAUACCACUGCAGUGUGUCCCACAGGUGCCAUUGUAUAUAGGCAGGGAGGGUCAGAGGGCUUGGACGAUGUUGUUACAAGGCCUGACUGAUACAUCCCAGAAUGACUUGGGUCUGAACAUCUCGCAGCCAGCCACAGGGUGGGGCAGUUUCCCAUGUGGUUCAACUGCUUCAGAUGUUCUGGGUGCUGGGCCACUGUGCUCUUACCAUGGUGGAGAAAUGAAGAUGUGGGCUCAGGGUCCAGAAGAAAUCCGUGACAUAAUGGACUGCAACAUUUUAACUAGGGGGCCACGUUUGUUGGACUGACAAUGUCAUCUUCCGGCCAAAGGACCAAUAACCUUGAAGAAUGUAAUAUUCAAUUCAAGCAUGAGAAGCUGGUGAACUAUCACACUGUGUUCUGUUAAUAUGUACUCACUGGUAAGACUGUAAGUCUAGAUGCUUUUUUUAGAAUGAUUGCAUCUGCAUUUCACAGCGGCGCUACAAAUCUGAAAUAUUAAAUAUAAAAUCGGCUGAACUUGCUUCAAUUCAAAUUGCCUUUGUCUCCAAGUGAUUGAUUCAUUGAUAGACAAUACCAUAUAUUCAGUAAUACUGCUGAUUGUGCAGCUGGGCCUUCAUUUGCAAUGCAUGUGUUCAGAUGUUACAGGCAGUGGAAUAAUCAAAGUCUUAUUAUGGACAUUAUAUCAUCAGGCCCGUUAGCUUUACCCGAAACUGUCCAGGAGAAUAUUUAGAAGCACACCAAAUGUAGCUCCUUAACUUUAUUUUUAUUCUUCAAAUUUUAAGUUGUUUGUUCGUGUUAAAACAAAGACUAUUUUUUAUUUUAUACCAGACUGUCGCACGUCCAGGUGUACCUUGUUGAAGAUUGCCGCAUGCUUAAAAGCUCACAGUGUGCUGCUUUUCACACUGUUCGCUCAAUCAGGAAGUUGAGGCAAGAGACUUAGGCAUUCUGUCUCAUGAACAACCUCUGUUUAGCGUGAUAGCUGGAGCGUGAUAAGGAUAUCCCUGCUGGCGUUGUGGGCCAAUAUCGGCCCAUGGAACCGCCGUCAGCACGUGGCACAGGUAUGGCUCAAACAGACCGGUGGAGACCUCCGCAAUGCAGUGCCUUAGAACGUUGUGCUACACCAGUAGACUGUCAAAAUUGAUCUAGGAGAAAGGGAAGUGUUAGGACAACAGGUUCAUUGGACUUCAGGUCAUCCACCUACGUGUUUAGACAAUUGUCGUCCUGACAAAAAUAAAGCCAUUCAGAUGUUGCGUUUUAUUGGUGUCGAGGUGCAACGUCUGUUGCCACUUGUGGAAACUACAGUCCACUAUCCUACUGGAGGAGGACAGGGCCUCCCAGCAUGCUGCUGUCAGUCUUGGAGCAGUGCCCAAAUCUAUUUUCUGUAUGUUGUCAAAUUGGGAAAUUCCUGUCAGAAAGAUUGGUUUUGUUUAUAUUCAUUUCCAGUGGUCCAGAAGGUCAGUGCUAACAUUUCCUCUGUUAAUCUGUCCUGAUAUGUAUGUACUGUAAUGUUUGGGAAAUUGUGAAUAUUCAGUGAGCACAACUUUAUUUGCAAUUUAAUUUUCUCUGUGUUUUCAUUAUUAUUAUUGUUGUUCUGGGCGUUCUGUUUUUUAAUCAUUUGUAGAGGAUUUUUGUUAUGAAUGUACUUUUUUUUAUUACUUGAUUGAUGUAGACUUGUGCGUUUUGAAAAAAACAAUCAGUUUUUAUAAUUGUAAUUCUCAGCUUAUUUUGUGUUGCAUGAUCUACAACAUGUGAAUAUGUGAACAACAUUGGACAAAGGAAGAGAAAAAAAUGAAAACCACAACACUUCCUUUCCAGAUGAGCCACAUAGGGUGGCUCCCUCCUAAAUCUUACACUGAUGAGAUAAUUCACUAGUCACUGGUGGGUGUUUGGCGUGUGAGCAAGUGUGAAGAGCUGCUACCUAGGUGACAGGAUGGAUGUUGUGCUGUGGAGAUGUGUGAUAGAACUUCUCUGUCUACCAGCUGUGCUCACGUGGUCAGUUUCACAGAGCCCCAGUAGUGUGUAUUUGAAGUUGAACUCGUCUACUGACAUCUACUGCUCAACAUCGCUGACCAACCCAUCGGGCCUAUACCUCAAAGGGCGCUUCCACAGAAACAGAGAAGUGCUGUACUUGUCGAUAGAUGAAGGAGCAGUCAAGAAGACCACUAUCAACCCUAGGUUUAAGGAUCAGGUCGCAGUGAUCUCUUUGCAGGUGAAGCAGGACUGCAGGUUGACACUGAGGCUGUCCCAACUUAAAGUGGAGGACACUGACAGUUAUUACUGUAGCUGGAGAUACUAUGAUACCAACACAAAAAAGCUAUUGGUGUUGCCGAGUAAUGGCACAAUCAUCAUAGUCAGAGAGAGAGACCCGGGUUGUGGCAUCACACAAACCAACAUAGCUGUCAUCCUUAUGUGUUUCAUUCAAUUGGUCAUCCUUGUCCUCAUCCCGUAUUUCCUCAUCAGAGCUUGUUUGCAAUGCGCACGG